ACCACCUUAUCUCUAAGAUCUGGAAAGCAACUGAACCCAGUAGUUCAUCAUAAAAACUAUAGAAAUACACUGGACUUGGUCAGAUAUUAGUACAAUAUUCAACUGAAAUACUCAGGAGACGGCCUUCCAUCUAAACUCUAAACGAUGUCCAAGUUGACGCUGUUUGUCCUGGUCAUAGUGCUUCAAGCAUGCGCAAUUACGGCAAACAGUGGCGAUGACCCAGGGGUUCUGGAGAGAGCAAAGGAGGCGUACAGAGAAUUAAAGAGUCAGGUUGUGAAUGCGGGCGGUGUGGUGGUUGACUUUGCCGAAAUGUACUAUGAUGAGCAUGUGAAGCCUGUGGCUGAUCCAUACAUCCAGUGGGCUAAAGAAAAAGCUGGCUCUCUCUGGGAGAGGGUCAAAAAGAGUGUGUCCAGCUCCACGUCUGACUAAAACAUCUCAAAAAACUGAAAAUUUCCUCAACCGCACACUAACGUACCCCAGCUUAAAAUAUGAACACAGCAUGUUCCAGCAGCAUGAAGACGUCAUUUAUGUCAUCAUUUGUGUAUGUUUUCUCAAUUAGAAUAACAAAUAAAGCACAUUAUCUCCAAAAUCUG